AUGACCGAAUCGCUAUUAGCUAAUCGUUUACGUGAUAUUGAAGACGAAUUGAAAACUGAACGCGAUAUUCGUUAUCGUCAAGAGAAAGAUUUAUCGAACUUACGUUUGGACUUCGACGACAUCGAACAACAAUUAGACGAAGUGACCAAUGCACGUGAUAGAGAAAUCGAAAAUAACAAACGUUUGAAACAAGAGAAUCACGAUCUCCGUCAAAAACUUGAACUUCAAACGACGGAAAACGAUGAAACUCAAAAUUCACUUCGUCGUCGUUAUCAAGAUACAAUUACUGAAUUAACAAGUCAAGUCGAAGCACUUGGCAAAGGAAGAAUAAGAUAUGAAAAAGAAAAUAAGAACUUUCUUAUGGAAAUCGAAGAAUUGAAAAAUGAGAUCGAAUCGGUCGCGAAAGGUAGAAGUCAAGCUGUUUCAGUUAGCAAAGAACUCGAAUCGAAAUUAAUCGAAAUGAAUGGCAAAGUCGACGAUGCAAUUCGACAAUUAAGUGAUGCUACUUCAGCGAAAUCUCAUCUUGUCGAAGAAAACUUAACAUUCAGUCGUCGAAUCGAAUCAUUAGAAUAUGAAUUAUCAUCAUUAAACACCGCGUACAAACGCGCUCAAGGUGAUCUGGAACAAACACGUAUUCAUUUGGAAUCGGAAAUGGCUACUAGCCGAACAUUACAAUCGACAGUGAAAACAUUUCAAAUGGAUUUGGAAUCAACGAAACUGCAAUUAGAAGAUGAAAUCGAUGCUAAAGUUGAAUUGCAAAAACUUGUCAUCAAGAUUCAGGAAGAAGCACGCAUUGCACGCGAUCGAUUGGAAAGAGAAAUCGAAAGUAAAAACGAAGAAUUCGAAGAUCAACGACGAAAAUUGAAUGCACGUGUCACCGAAGUUCAAGAACAAUUGACUGAAGUUUUAGCUAAAGCAAGUAAUCUCGACAAGACUAAACAACGACUUCAAGGUGAACUCGAUCAAAUCAGUGGUGAAAUUGACAAACAUCGUAAACGAGCUGACGAAGCCACGCGUCGUAAUAAGCAAUUAGAGAAAGAAGCUGAUGAAUCUCGUCAACGUGUCAAUCAAGUCACUGCCGAAAUGGAAUCAGCUAUCCAAGCUAAUCGUAAUUAUCAAAGCGAAUUAGUCAAAAUUAAAGGUUUGAAUGAACAACUUGUCGAGCAAGUCGAGUUGAUCAAUCGAGACAAACGUCGUUUUCAAGAUGAGAUCGAUAUUGCCUUAAAUCAAAUCUCGGAAUUGAAUACUCGCAAUAUGGAAUUGGAUCGCAUUCGUAAACAACUUGAAGCUGAUAAAUUAUCCUUAGGUUCAGCUAUUGAUGAAUAUCGCGAACAGAUUCACAUUGAAGUUACCAAAUACAACGUUUUGAACGCUUCGAUUGACAAACUUCGAGGCGAUCUAGAGAAGAAGAUUGCGGAUAAAGACGAUGAACUCGAAAAUCUCCGAUCAAGUCAACGUAAACAAUUAGAUCAAAUUCAAUCUCAAUUGGAGGAAGUGGAAGUACGCUACAAAACAGAACUUAGUCGAACGAAAUCCAAGUUACAAAAUGAAUUAGAAGAAACUCGCCUUCGUUACGAAACGAUGAAGAAGGCUAAAGGAGAUCUAGAGAAUCAUUUAAAAAAGAUCCAAAAUGGUAUUAAAGAUGCGCAAGAUCGUCUCUUGGAAGAACAAACAGCACACAGUGCCACGAAAGAUUUACUUUCUGCUUCAGAAAAACGAUUCGGUGCUCUUCAUGCAGAAAUCGACGAAUUAAGUAGUUUACUCGAUCGCAGUGAAAAAGCUCGUAAAACAACGGAAUUGGAAUUACAUGAUUCUGAACGUCGCUUGUCUGAUGCAUUAACAGCUGCUAAUCGUGCUAUCGGAGAACGUAAGAAAUACGAAGCUGACGCUAUACAAUAUCAAUCAGAAGUUGCCGAUGUUCGACAAGAAUUGAAGAUCGUUGACGAACGAUCACGAAAAUUGGCUGCAGAGUUGAUUCAUCGUGAUGAAGAAAUUCGACAUGAACGUGAAAAGGCAGCUGAAAGUGAAGCAUCGAAACGAGCUUUAGAUCAACAACUACGUGAUUGCAAUUCUAAGGUCGACGAAGCGGAAGCUUAUGCACGAGCAGAAGGCAAACGUAUUUCUGCUAAAUACGAAGGACGCAUUGGUCAACUUGAAACAGAAAUCGAUUUGGAACGAGCGCGUUAUCAGGAACUUUUGAAAGAAUUACGCCGUAAUGAAAGACGUAUCAAAGAAUUAUUAACACAAGUUGACGAAGAACAAGCGAAAAUCCUUUCUCUAACUGAUACAUUAAGCAAAACAAAUGAUCGAAUGCGCAUAUAUAAAUCUCAAAUUGAAAGUGCUGAAUCUUCAGCUGCACACGUAUUAACACGUGCUCGUCGUCUCGAACGAGAACUCGAAGACGCUGAACAACGUGCUGAAGUUGUCACAACAACUUUAAUUCGUUCACGAUCUGUUCAUCGUAAUGAUUAUUAA